GGUGUUACCAGGAGACGCAAAGAGGCGGGGGGAGGGGAACGUUAUUGUGGCGAACCUGUAGAGGGCAGCACGGUUGUGGAGAACUAACGAGAGAGAGAACGAGAACCACGGAGUGAGCCCCCGUCUCCUUGGGGGCAGGCGGACUGGUGGGUCGGUGGGAGGUACCCUCUGUCUUCCUGGAGGUAGAUUUGUGGCUUCCUCGACCCGCCCCGCCGCCUUUGAGCUGCCGCCAUCCUCUGGUCCAGCUGCUCACUGGGGCUGCCUGGCUUGACAGGGGAAAGGAGGUGAAGUCGCGGGUCAGGCUGAGCAAGCGAGUUGAUAAGCCCGGAGAAGACAGAGAAAGGGAGAAGGAAGGAAAGAAAGAAAAAAACAGACAGAUAUAUUGCUGGAGCGGACAGUUUAAUUGCCGUUAUGGCCUCUAGAAGGUGCUGUGGGCGCAGGAGGAGAAAAACAGAGUUUCAAACAAAGAAGGUGACAACAAAAGAAGAGCUUGUGUUAGGACUAGGAGAUCCAUUUUCUGAAAGUGACAGAAUUUCAAGAUCAGAAGACAGUUGUAAGAGCAAAGACAAAACCAUCCAAAAGCUGCAAUCAGAGGUUGAACAUCUGAAAACAAGAAAUCUUGACCUGGAGAAACAUGUAAUGAAACUACUUGAUAGAAAGGUGGACGUAACGACUCGCGUGGACAAUUUGGCCAGUAAGAAUGAAUAUCUGUGUAAAGAACUCACUCAUGUAGACAAGUUAGCUGGACAGCUGGAAAAAGAAAAAGAAAUUGUUUUGGAUAGUGCUGACAAGGAACUGUCAGAAGCCAAGUCUCAGAUUAAAUGCCAGCACAAUACUAUAAGGAGACUAGAACAUACCAUCAACGUUCUUAAAUCUGCUGCUUUGGACACCGAAAAAUCACAAAAGAGGUAUCCCUCAAGGCUUGACAAAUUUAUAAAGACAUUGGAAGAAGACCGGGAUCGUUAUAAAACUGAAGCUGAGCAUUUGAAGACAAUGCUUCGAAAUACAUCUUUCUGUCCUAGGCUCAGUCCCUCUCGUUCUGUUUCAAAGACUUCUUCCUCCAUUCAGGGAUAUAACUUAGAUCCAGAACUUUUGCCAAUCUUGAAAGAACGUGAAGAACUUAAGUCAAUGCUGGAAAAAUAUGAACGUCAUAUGGCAGAAAUUCAGGGCAACAUCAAGGUUCUCACAGUAGAGAGAGACAAAAUUAUUUCUCUUUAUGAUCAGGCACAGGAAGAAAUUAGUGAACUGCGGAAACAAGCUAUCAAAAUCCCCAAUGCUUCUAAAAAUGCAAUGACUGCUCAGGCUAUCUUGAGGCGUGUGGAGACAGAAAGGGAUGCAGCUAUUUGUGAUUUUCGAAGGAUGGCCACAGAACGUGAUAGUUUGAGAGAGAGGUUAAAGAUUGCUCAAGAUACUGCAUUUCAUGAGAAAGCUCACCUGGAACAAAGAAUCGAAGAGCUAGAGUCAAAUGUUCAAAGUCUUGACAAUGAACGGUUAGAACAAAUAUCAAAAAUGGCUUUGAUGAAGGAGACUAUUGAGUCCAUAGAAAUGGAGAUGAAAAUAUUGGCAAGAAGGGCAGUGGACUUCGAAAGCGAGGUGAACAAACAAAAAGCAGCUAAUGCUUCAUUGAGCAUACUGAAUGAAAAAACAGAGCAUAAUCUUUCAGAAGCUGAACGACAACUUUCAAAGAAAAAAUAUGAAUUGCAACUCACUCAGGAGAAAAUUAUGUACCUGGAUGGAGAACUUGAAAAGCUUUCAAAACAAAAUCUUGCUCAAGAAGAAGACAUUUGUUCACUUAAUGAAACAAUAACUGAACUGGAAAAGGAAAAGGAUGCUUUCCAAGAUCUUCUGGAAGAAAAAUCAGAUAAGAUUGUUGCCCUUGAAGAAAGCUUGUCUAUUAAAGAAAAGACAAUUUCAGAUUUGAAGUGCAUACUUUCUGAUAUGGAACAUUCAUCAAAGCAUUCUACUGACGCACUCCGCCUGUGUGAGCAAGAUAUUACCAGACUACAUCAACUAUUGGAUGAUGCUAAUAAUGAGCUUACUCAAACAGGCAAGGAGAAAGAAACAUUAGCUCUGGAGAAUGAGAGGUUACAGGAACAACUUUACAGCAUCAAGCAAGAAAAUCAGAUUCUGCAUCAAAAACUCAUUAAGUGUCAGAAUGAGCUUGAUGACAUGAAGCUGAAAACUGACGAUCUACAUACAGAUAUCACCAGGCUGAAGACCAUAUUGAAAUCUAAAGAGAAAGAUAAUCAAGACCUUUUGGAGGACUAUCAUAUGGCCAAUGAACAGGCAGAAAAAUGGGAAACAAAGUACCAUGAAAUGGAAGCAGAUUGUAACUCUGUCCGAUUAGAGCUUCUCAGUAUAGAGGCUGAGAGCCAUAGGCUGAAGGAACGCACGGAAUCCCUUGAAAUGGAGAUUGGGCAACACUUAGCAACAGAAAAAGCCUACAAGUCACAGAUUUCUACUUUAGGUAAAUCUCUUGUGAAAAUGGAGGAAGAGCUCCACAAAUUCCAGUUGGAGAAAGUCUCUGUACUUUCAGAUUUGACAUCUACUCGGGAACUGUGCAUUAAAUUGGACAAUAGCAAAGAAUUAUUAACUCGACAACUAAACAACACAACUCAGGAAAUAGAACGGCUGCAGAAUGAAUGGGAAUCUUCUCGCUCAGAAAUAGAGCUCCUCAGAAAACAACUAACUAAUGAAAGAAGCUCAAUAAAAAACCUGGAAACCCUGUUGACAUCCAAUCGGGAAAAGGAAUUUCAGUCUCAGAUUAUAAACCAAGAAAAGGAUUCUGAAAUUCAGCUUCUUAAAGAACAGCUUUCUCUAGCUGAAGAUAAAAUUGCUGUCCACAAUCGAGAUUUUUCACAGCUCAGAAAUACAAUAACCCAACUAGAAUCUGAGUUAGAUAUCACCAAAAGACAACUGGGUACAGAACGCUUUGAAAGGGAGCGUGCUGUCCAAGAACUUCGCCGUCAGAGUCUUACAGCUUCAUACCACUUAACUUCUACAAUAAGGUCAUCAUCACCUGAACGUUGCCGCCACCGGUCUCCUGACAGGUCUCUGGACAGAUCUUUGGAAAGGAAUUCUAUUUCGAAGGACUUCUAAUUGAGGAAGAUAUGGAAAAAGUCUGAUAUCUAUUAGAAAAAUGCAAGUGCCAAACUGAACUCAGGGUUUAUUAAAACAAUUACUUUAAUCAAACUGAUGCUGGAUAAUGUUUGGAGUAAUUAUUAACUGAAGGAGUGUGCACACAAAUGCCUUAUUUGGACCACUUGAAUAAAAGCAGUUUUGAUAUGUUGUUUUAUACUUUUAAUACCAAUGAUUAAAGUGUCAUAUGGAAUAGAAAAGUAAAAAUGACUGUGACUUCACACUGUCAAAGAACACUAUCAAACCAUUAGAAACAUGAAAACAAUUAACAGUUUACCCUUAUUUCUUGAUCAUCUGUUGUAAUGGUUGCAUUUUUGCUGAGCUAUGUAAGUACUUUUACAUGAGUGGACAGGCAUACUCUUGAAGAUGAAGGAUAUUUUAAUAUAUAUGGCUUCAUUGUGAAUAAAAACCUGAUUUUAGAGUAUAAACUAGCAAUUUGAUUUCAAAGUCAAUAAACCAACCAAUCAUGUAAUGCUGUUAAUGUGUAUAUAUAACAGCAGUAAUGUUGCCCUGUCUAAACAGCUGUGUAAUCCAUCCUAAGUAUUUAUUUGCUGGGAAAACAAAUCUUAAUCAGACCCUUAGUUGGGCAUUAUAUUUCAGCUAUGAAUAGUUUCUAAUAAAGUGAUUUGUGAUGUCAAUUAAAAAUGACAUUUAUAAAUAAACUCAUUUUAAACUGUUUUCAAAUAUACAUAUUCACAGGUAACACAUGACCAAAUAAUGUACUUUUCAUAUCUGAGUAAAGUUAAGGUACUGCAAAUUAUCUUAUACUCUUUUGUUACCCUGUCAGUAUUCAUUUAAUAUUAAUACAUUUAAUAUCAAUCUAGCAGGAAUACUAGAAGCCCAUUGUCUUAGUACAAACACAUUUCCUGUUUCAGUAUCUGUAUUUUAAAUAAAGAGUACUUGUCAGCGGA